AUGACGGCCAACCAGAGCGGCCAGAAUGAUAGUGAACACAUGGUCCAGCAGUCACGUCCCGAUGAGCAAGCUCCCGAAGAUACAAACCCUGCAAAUUUGUCAUCAAACCCACCAGAGGGUCCUGUAUCGACUAACGAGGGGGAGAGCUCGCCGUCAAUGAGUCUUCACGAUGUGGACGUCGAAAUUCACUUCAAUCUUGGAGUUUUUGCCCGCCGUGACCUUACUCAAGGCCACGAGAUCAUCGGCGCAGAGCGACUAAUAUUUGCUGUUCCCCGACAGCCUACAGAGGCUUGCCAGCGCAGAGAUUUGAAACCAACAGAAGCUGUAUGCUUCGACGAGUUCAAACGAGACCACCACUGCAACCCUUCGAUCACCAAUGCUAAAACCAGUAGUUUGGCUGCCACCAUCAACCAUGCUUGCCCAGACUGUGCAAAUGCAACAUUCAGAGUUGCUGAAACUUACGACAUUACGGCGACGCUUGUGAAGGAUGUUAGAAAGCGCGAGCAGAUAUUCAUUGACUUAGGCCAGGACGGACCACCAAGCUUCGUCUGUCCACUUUGCAAGUCACUUUGCAAAAACACCAGGGAAUCUACAAGGAAGCGGCGGAAACGCCGAUUCAAAGCCUUUCUCGCAAAAUUUAACCCGCGCAACAUGUUCAAGACCGCCGAACGAUCAAGUGAAUGA